UCACAGGUUUAUGUCAUGAAAUAUUUUACCGGAAGCCAUUGACUGUGCGAUGUUAGCGGUGGAAAUGGCUAUCUGAAAGUAAAAUAUUGUGAUUUAAUCUAUUUAAAAUCUCUUGUUUAAUGUGCAAUCCAGAAGAAACAACUUCAUAUGUUGUAAAAGGAUAUUUAUUUGUGAUGUUAACAUCGGAUCUAAUGUCAUAACCUGGCUUACUUUGGCUAACGGGAAGUAUUUUUGUUCGUCUGGUUGAUGUGGCAAACAGCAAUAACUAAUGCAGUAAUGGCUAGACACGGCGAUAGUUUGAUAAAACGACAGUGCAACGGUUUACAAAAAAAAUACAUGGCAGAGUUUGCUCCUGUGGUAAUCAAUUGAUUGAUCACUUCUGAGAAGUGUUUGUUGAGCAGACAGUUUGUUUACUGUUUGCUUAGUCAUAAAUUAUGCCAAAGCAUCGCCACUCAAAUUCGUCGAGCAGGAAAAGAGAAUCAGAACACACUUUUUAUGGGGAUGAGUUUGAUGCCAGAUCCUAUGCCCAUUUAAUUCCUGGAUCAGGACAGCCACAAGAUGUUCAAGUGCCAAGAGAAAGUUCUCGCGAUGGAUCACAUGUAUCGAGUCGAAGAAGAAAAUCAAAGAAACAGAAGGGUCACAAGACACGAUCAAGAGAACGAGAGAGACCGAACGCGGAUAACCCCGGAAAAUCUCUUGUGCAGGCUUAUGAUGAUAUCAGUAGUGAUUCUGAUAUCGCAGACAAAGUUAUUCAACGUGAACCUGUUCGGUCGCCACCCGGUCGAACCGGGCCUAGUCGUGUGGGUGGAAAAAACAAAAAUCGGCGCAGCAUUUCACCAGCCACUUUAAUUAGGAGCUAUGCGAAUGCGAGAAGUUUAAGUAAUUCACCUAAUGUACGCGAUCCUAGUCCAUACAGAAAUGACAUAACUUCGAAAAGACAGAAAUCUAGUAAAAGAAGACAGUAUUCGCCAGAAAUAGAAAAACAAUAUUCGUCCUCUAAUUCAAGGAUGCCAGCUGAACCACCCAGGGCGUAUGCCGAUUUACCAAAGGCAUACAGUUCAGGCCCUCGUGCAUUAUCUCCCAGUCCACCACGUAAUAGUAAACGAUAUCGCUCUCGGUCGCGAAGUCCUUUACAUGUUAAAAGACGUGAGCGAGGGAGAAGUCCAAGUUUAGGCAAUAGUAAAAGGAACAGAAAUCGAUAUGAAUCACCUGUAAAUAGAGAGAAAUAUUCCAAUCGUAGAAGUCGUUCCAGAUCUCGCAACAAGUAUCCACAUUCCAGUCGUUAUUCAAUCUCACAGAGUCCUUCUCCAGAACCGGCUCGAAGAUCAGCGACUAAUAGAAACUCUUCGAUAAGUCAAUCAACUGUCAAAUAUGCAUCGAGUUUGGCAGCAGAAAUCAGCAAACAUAAACGAGCACGCGCCUUACGCAAUGAUCGUUUACAAGAUAAUAAACGGCCCUACAAAGAAACUGUUAAUGAUAAACAUUCAUCUCGUGAUCCAAUAGUUAUCUCCCCUUCUCCACCACGCAUUCUGGUGAAAGAGACUAUAAAAGAGAGGAUUAGUGUUCAAGUGCAAAACAAUAAUAGCCAAGAACGUGUCAUCGAGGAAAGGCGAAUAGAGGACAGACGGAUAGAAGAAAGGCGGAUAGAGGAUAGGCGGACAGAGGAGAGGCGAUUGGAGGAUAGGCGGUUGGAGGAGAGACGGAUAGAGGAUAGGCGGUUGGAGGAGAGACGGAUUGAAGAACGACACCUUGAGGAUAGACGAAUUGAUGAGCGGAGAAAUGAGGAAAGGAGAAAUGAUGAUAGAAGUAAUGAUAGAAGGAAUGAAUAUGAAGAGAGAAAAGUAGACCGCCAAGUUAAUGUUAGACCUGAUAGUAACGAAGAUAUAAGACGGUCUCCACCUGCUAGAAAACCUCUACCUUUACCACAAGUUACUCCUGAAAGCAGCUCUAGUCCAUAUAGUGAUCGUUCUAGAUCAAGAGAACCAUCUCCACGAAGGCGAAGAAUAACUGAUCUACCAAUGCCUCCUAAUGUUGAUGAUCCAGAGUUUGAUGAUGAACAAGAAUAUAUUCAAGAUUUGGAUAGUGAUAAGAAAGAUCAACCAAAAAUCAAACGUCCUAGGAUGUGUUUAUUGAGACGAUAUAAUGAUAAGGGUAAGGGAGAUUGGGGUGAGAGAAGUGUGGACGUAUUUAAGAUAUUAGAGAUUAUAGGAGAAGGAACUUAUGGUCAAGUUUAUAAAGCUAGAGAUACAUAUACUGAUGAUUAUGUUGCCUUGAAGAAAGUACGUCUUGAAAAUGAGAAAGAGGGUUUUCCUAUAACAGCUGUCAGAGAAAUAAAAAUACUACGUCAACUGAAUCAUCCAAAUAUUGUAAAUCUAAAAGAAAUAGUUACUGAUAAACAAGAUGCCAUGGACUUUAAAAAAGACAAAGGUGCAUUUUAUUUAGUAUUUGAGUAUAUGGAUCACGAUUUAAUGGGAUUAUUGGAAUCAGGUUUUGUUGCAUUUAGAGAAGAGAAUAUAGCUUCAUUCAUGAAACAGUUAUUGGAUGGAUUACAUUACUGUCACUCUAUGAACUUUUUACAUCGAGACAUCAAGUGCUCCAACAUUCUACUCAACAAUAAAGGUCAAAUUAAAUUGGCAGAUUUAGGAUUAGCUAGGUAUUAUAAUGCUGAAGAUAAAGAUCGUCUAUAUACUAAUAAAGUUAUAACAUUAUGGUACCGACCACCAGAACUUCUACUAGGAGAGGAAAGAUACGGUCCUGCUAUUGAUGUCUGGAGUCUAGGGUGUAUCUUGGGAGAAUUAUUUACGAGAAAACCCAUCUUCCAAGCUAACCAGGAGUUUCCUCAACUGGAAUUAAUCAGUAAAACAUGUGGCUCACCUUGUCCAGCUAACUGGCCGGAUGUUAUCAAACUACCCUUGUUUCACACAUUUAAGCCUAAACGCCAAUAUCGACGUCGACUACGGGAGGAGUUCUCGUUUAUGCCGAAAUCAGCAUUAGAUUUGAUGGAUCGUAUGUUAGAUUUGGACCCAUCAAAAAGAUGUACAGCUGUAGAGGGACUGGCUAGUCCAUGGUUACGUGAUGUUAACCCUGAUCGUAUCCCACCUCCAGACUUGCCGAAGGAUCAAGAUUGUCAUGAACUUUGGUGUAAAAAUCGAAAAAAGUUGAUGAGAGAAGCAUUAAAAAGGGGUGACGACAGUUUUUCAAAAAGUCCUUUGCGAGGCUCAGCUCCUCCAGGGCAACAAACUAAGACAUUUCCAGCACAAACGGGCGACAGAGUUGGACAUUAUGAAAAAGCAUCAUCUGUCUCUAGUGUGGAUUUUAAAAAUAAACUAGGAAAUGUUAAUACAGACAUGGCAAUGCAAGAUGUGAACUCUUCUCUUGUGAAAAAUCAACUGGCUCAACUGAUGCCUCUAUUGGAGGGUCAGACAUCUUUAAGUGUAGCUCAAAUAGCAAAAAGACUGGAUGUGAAUAUCGAUCCAACAACAUCUCAGCUACUGGAUAAUCUUAAAAAUCAAAUGUUGGCAAGUAGUGCUCCACAGACUAAACAAAGUGAAAGUACGGGAUAUGGAAAUUAUGGUUCAAAUGGAAAUUAUUCAAGUGCUGGUAAUGGGAAUGGAUUUGGUCAAACGAAGGCUUUUACUGACCAAUCAGCACCACCAGUUGAUAAAAAUGCUGGUGUUAAAGCUGCAUUGAUGCAACUUUUAUCAGGUGGAAGUGCAGGAGCUGCUGGUAUUGCCACUCAACGUUCAGUGGAUAGACAAUACAGUGAAGGAAGUGAUUCAAGAUUGUCUCACAGUGGACAACAAUUCUCUGACUACCCAGCAGCUACCAAACCAGCCACCAUUAGCCAGCCACCAGACAGAAAGGCUCCAGGUCCUCCCCAGAAGAGCUAUUCUUCGGAUGAUUCAGGUGAUGGAAUGAAGUAUGGUGGACGCCACGGUCAACCACAAGGAGGUGGGGAACCUGUUCCAUUACGAGCAAAGGUACAGAGUUAUUUUGACCAAUAUGGAGGCAGUGGAAGGGGAAAACCAAGGGGAGGUUACUCUGGUGGUUAUGGUGGAGCAGGUGGUAAUCCUCGAGGUGGAUAUGGGGGAGGAUCACGUGGUAGAAGUCAAAGUUGGAGAUAGACAAAAUAUCCAAAUUUAUGAUAUUUUUUAUCUGUUAAUUAGUUUGAUAAAUCUAACAAGUGUGCAUUUAAGAUUGAAAUAUCUAUAAAAUUUAAGAUAACUCGGGCUUCAAUUCUGUAUCAUUGCCAUCAAAUUCUGUGUCAAUAAUGUGCAUAUUUUGAGAAUGGAAAUAGUAUCGGUUCUUGGGGCAUUUCCAAAUUUAGUAUUGCAAGAACAGCCAUGUAUUUUAUCUGUUAUAUUAUUCUAUAUUCCACACCAUGAUCAUUAUAAUGAGCAUUUUGAAUGUCUUGGUGAGAUAAAUUAUUUUGCUAUUUAUCGUUGUUAUGACAUAUCAGUCAGUAUAUAUAUAUAAUCCUUGAGUGGCAUUUGGCGAUUGAACACACUAAAAAAACAACACAGUUUAUAUGGAAAUACAAUCACUGGUUUAUAAGUAUAGCACGACGUUUCGACAAGUAUUUUUUGUGCUUGAUAACGAUAAGAGAAUACUUGUCGAAACGUCGUGCUAUACUUAUAAACCAGUGAUUGUAUUUCCAUAUAAACUGUGUUGUGUUUGUAUAUAUAUAGUAAGCUUUGAUUAGAUAUAUAGUACAGGCAACAUCAUCAUCAGUGAUCAAUUUGGGUGUAUUAUAGAAAAUUGGUUUCCUGGAUGAUUUCUGCAUAGCUUAUGAACUAAGGUAGUUCGGUGACAAUAUGAUUAACAGUUUCAAUUUGAAACGUUUAGUAGCAUUAUACUUUUGUUACCUCAAAACGAAAAAUAGAGCAACCCUAACAACAAGAUAUUUAGCUUGCUAUACUUUGCUUUCAUAUUAAAGCUUUCGUAUUAAAGCAGACAAGUUUUUCUGAAACCUAGAGCCUUUGGUAUUUCUGAGAAAGACAUUUAAUGCAUGUAUUUGUGCAUUGAAUAAAGAACAACACGUUUUAUGUGUAUAAUUUAAUUUGAUAUCCUGGUGAGGUAGAUGUUUAUGUAAGGGUUAUAAAUGUAAAUAUAUAUUAUGAUUCUGUAUAAUGGAUGACAAGUUUGACAUCUUUACAACUUGAUUGAUUUUAUUAUUAUUAUUAUAAUUUGUAAUAUUUUGGCUUAGCUUGUAGAUAAAGUAGGUACAGUUGUAUAUUUCUGAUCUAUUUUUUUAUGUAUAUAAAAUUAUACAUGUAAAACUGAUGGUACGAUGGUAAACAGGUUGUUAUUCCUAGAUUAAAUUAUAUUUUAUUGGUUUACAUGUAGAUGUAUUUAAAUGUAUAUUAUGGAAUUAUGGUGAAAUAAAAACUGUGAACCAUGUUUUCAGUUUGCAGAUUGUAUGAUAUAGAAUUGUCUGCAUGUACUAUACUAUUCUUAUUAUUUUCUGUUCUGCAAAAAAAAAAAAAGAAUGUUAUAUUCAUUAAAAAGCUGUAUAAUAGAUAAUAAA